AUGGAAUCGCAUAAUAACUAUUCGUUAGAAAGUCCAUCCCUUUUCCACAAGGACGGAAAAAAUGAUCUCGACAUAGUACCCAAACCCAUAGUAGACACAUAUCUUCGUUCGCCAAUAUUUCAAGGUAUCAUUCUUGGUUGGAUUGCUUCCAUUUUGAUAGUGAUGUUAGCUAUUUUUGUGGGCACACUAAGUCAUAUGAUAAACUUCAAUGUCAUAUGGAACUUGCGUGUUGGUAUCUUUUUAUCUAUAGUAACAGUAAUCACAAGGAUAAUGUCUGUUGUUGUAGGGUUCAUGUUGCCAGCUAUUUUAGCGGGAAUACUCUCCUUCAUUCAAAUACCAGUUCUAAAGGUGUCAGGUGCAACAAUCAUUAAAUUAAUGGAUGCAUCCAUGACUCGUGGAUUAUGGAGUACCUUAACUUCUUGUUUUAACUCUGGUCGAAUUUAUAAACUCACUAUAGUUAUUGUCUCAGUAUUGGUGUGGCAAUAUAUAACAUCAGCAGUUGAUUUAUACGUCCAUAUCACUGCCACUGGAAAUGUCCAACAAUUACCUGGCCAAAUAAUUUCAAGCGCGAGGGCAAUAAACUUGGCAACCAACUGUACUGAAGAUUUCCCUGUCUUUAGUACAUGUGGACAAUGGGAAUCAGCUUCCAAUGGUGGGAUAAAUGAUCUUGCCAGAGCAUUGGAGACUUACCAAAACACAAGCAAGACCUUACAAGUUUGGCGCGCUGAUGGUGGAGUUUACCUUUUACAAUCAUCGCCCCCAGUACAAGCCUAUUCAUACUCUGGGUCAGGUAUUUUCUUACAACCCUCUUGUGAACCUAUCAGUAAGAUAUGCAAUUUAGAAAAAUAUUCUGGUCCCCUGACAAGAUACACCUGCCCUGAGACAUUAUGGUCUGCUUCAGGGAACACACAAGAACAUGGUAUAAAUGAUGCGUAUGUGAACCUUACAACACUGAUUUUUAAACAAGCACCAAGUAUUUAUAUAUCACAUAAUCCAAUACAUGCGAUUAUUUCUGCACGAUAUCCCAGAGGGGGAUUUGAAGAUUAUGAUUCUGAAUUUGUAAGAGAAAUGCAUGGUGACCUUUCAAUCCUAAUGCAUUGCCAAAUACAUGCUUCAUUAAUUGAAUAUGUGAUCACUCUUGGAACAAUAAAAGCAACCACAUUUGGAACUUUAACCAACGCACAGCUUCUAGCCCUUGCAGGUGCAUCAACUCGUAUGAAUCAGCGAGCAUGUCAUGAUAUUGCAAAUAUAGUGUACAAAGGAAAUAGUACAUUAUUUGUUAAUGCAUUUGCACAACAAUGGGCUUUAGCAACUAUUGCUUCAUUUACCGGCGCAGUACAAGAAAAUGAAGAAAAUGGAAGAGGAUAUAAUUAUGUGCUUGAAGUGGAUAUAGAACAAACUGUUGUUCCACUUUCAGCUGUCUUACUCUAUGCUAUUGUUAUCAUAUUUCCACCAUUAAUCUACUCAUGUAUAUGUCUUUAUUCUUUAAAAAAUUGGUCAAAUAAUAUACACAUCAACUGGACACUUGCUGAAUUCAUCUGUAUACCACAGAGACUACUUUAUCAAACCUUAAUUGGUGAACAUUAUGUAGAUGAUGCUUGUUUAAAGAGUUUGACAAUGCAAGAAAAAAUCCUUCAAAAGGUUGAAUUUGAUAUUAAAGUGGAAGAUGGGCAUAUAGUGCCACAAAAAUUAAAAAAAGAAAUUCAAUAA